AUGGCUAUUAUAAAGAAGAUAUUGAUUCUCUAUAUUGCACUAUGUACAAUUUCAUUAGUAAUAGCCGUUCCCUCAAAACGAGUUAUCCAAAAACGAGCAGAAGUUAAUACAAACCUUUUUCAAGCAUUCACACCUCAACCUGCAACUACACAACCUACAGUUCAUGAAUAUGAUUUUCAUUUAUAUAAAACUUCUCUCUCACCGGAUGGAGUCUCUCGUGUUGUCUGGACGGUUAAUGGUCAGUAUCCUGGGCCAAUGAUUAUCGCCAAUAAAGGAGAUCAGAUCGUGAUUAAUGUCACAAAUCAAUUGGGUGAACCAACUUCAAUUCAUUCUCAUGGAAUUGUUCAAAAAGGAACUAACUGGUUCGAUGGGGUUCCUGGAGUGACACAAUGUCCAAUACCUAAUGGCGGUAGCUUCAUAUAUAAUUACACUGUAGACCAGGCUGGGACAUAUUGGUAUCACUCUCAUUACGUUGCGCAGUAUGUGGAUGGUAUGAAUGGUCCGAUUAUCGUUCAGGAUCCUAACGAUCCUUUUUUGAACCUCUACGAUUUCGAAUAUGUAGUUACCAUAUCCGAAUGGUAUCAUAAUACUACAGAAGAAUUAUUGGCUAUCAAAAUGGCUCCAACAUAUAAGGGAUUUAACCCCAUUGCUGAUUCUGCACUUAUAGGUGGCAUUGGUCAAUAUAAUUGUAGCUCCGCUGCCGCCCAAGGUUUAUCAUGCAAUUCAAGUGUGACACCUCCAACCUAUGUUGUCCAAAGUGGUAAAAGAUACCGUUUCCGUAUUAUAAAUACAAGUGCCGACAGCCACUUCCAUUUCUCAAUUGAUAACCAUUCAUUGACCCUUAUUGAAGUUGACGGAAUAAGCAUCAAACCAGUCACAAUUCAAAAGAUUCCGAUUAAUGUUGCACAACGUUACUCUGUAGUUUUAAAUGCUUCACAACCUGUAGGAAACUACUUUAUUCGCGCUAGUAUAACCCAAGCUUGUAUAGUCAGGGGAAAUGCCACGACUUUAAAUCAAACUAUAAAUUAUAAUUCUUCCAUUAAUUGGAAUGCAACCGGAAUAUUACAUUAUGUUGGUGCUGAUAAUUCUAUUCCAACUUCACACGAGUGGCCAGAUGUUGGUCAAGUCACCUGUGAUGAUGUUCCAGAUUCUAGUUUAGUACCAUACGUUGCUAGCACUCCACCAACAAAUAUCUCUAGCUCUAGUCAAUUUUCAUAUAAUCUUACUUUCGGUCCUGACGCAGCAGGCCUUGGUAUAUUCUAUAUUAAUAACAGUAGCUUUACCCCGAAUUAUACUAAUCCUACAAUAAUGCAACUGAGAUCUGGUGUUAGCGCACAAAACUUGCCAACAGCUCAAAAUGCAUACGCUUAUAAUACUGCUAAUGGUGGCGUUGAACUGAAUUUUCUUAACUCUAAUGGUGGUACUCACCCUUUCCAUCUGCACGGGCACUCUUUUUAUAUUGUUGGAAGAGGUCUUGGCACUACGCCAAAUACAACCAGUUUUAACUUAGUUAAUCCACCAUUUCGCGAUACCGCGACGGUAUCACCGGGCGGAUGGAUGACAAUACGAUUCUAUGCUGACAAUCCUGGUGCAUGGCUUGUACAUUGUCAUUUAGAAUGGCAUGUUGAAAUGGGUAUGGUUAUACAACUUGUUGAACGAGCCAGUGAUCUUAACAGUCUUACAUUACCAUCCAGUGCUACAGAUUUAU